AUGAAAAGCUCUAGAGAAAUUCAAUGCGAUGAAUGCUACUUUUCAAAGAGUGGUCUAUUCUUACUUUAUACUAUUAAAAAUCAAAUAUUUUUAAUGGAAUCUGAAUCCCUCAAGCUAAGGAGAAUAUACAUCAACAGCUACAAAAUAGAUUCCAUUGAAUUUUCUAAUGAUGACAUUCACUUUUUGGCGUUGGUCAAGAGUCAUGGAUAUGUCUGUGUCUAUUCAUUUUUCACUACUGAAAUUGUUAAUAAAAUUCAAGAUCCUUUUCAUUCAUAUUUAUCUGCUUUCUUUUUGGGACAGGGGUCUAACAUAUGUAUCCACAAAUACGAGAUGAUGUGCAUAAGUGUGUACGAAAUAAAGAACACAGAAAAACCAUUAGUAAUUAUAGAAAAUGUGAAAUCGAAAAAAAAAGCAUAUUGUCUUAGUGCAGGAAAUGAUAUCCUUGGUUGUAUAACAGAAUUUAAUAAACAUAACAAAAUAAAUUUACUAUGUUUGCAGAGUUACAAAAUAAAAACUUUAAUUACUUGCGUCAACUUUAAUCCUAGUGCUAUAUUUAUAACUAAAUUGAACAAUAUUCUAACUUAUAGUAAUAAACACAAAUCCGUACAUGUAUAUAAUUCCAAUGGAGAGUUAUUGCACGUGCAUAACUUUGCCUCACAUUUAGCAUGCAUAAACAUCUUGUCAAUAAAUGAAGAACGGAAUGUCAUUUCUAUGGGAAUGCAAGAUGGAGUUGUUACCCUUUUAAGUUUAGACAAUUUAAGAGAAAUAAAAAAAAUAAUUUUGAGCGACAUGCUCCUAAUGAAUGAGCAAAUGAAAAUUUAUAAAGAAAAUACUUCCACGAGGAAUGUUCUCAGAGGAGACUUAGUACAUGAGAUAAAUGUACUAAGCGGAAGGAAAGCGUGUUUUUCGUUUUACAGCAACGUAUCGGAAGGUGUUAAAGAAGGAGAAUACAAAUUAAAGUGUGAAAAGGAAGAGAUAACGGACAUGUGUCUCAAAAUAGGGAUUACUUUUUUAUCUUUCAGUUUAUGUGGAACUUACAUGUCAAUCAUAAAAAGCCAUAAUAACGUAAUCAGGAUUUACAAAACAGAAAGUUAUACCUGUGUAGCCAUAUUGCAACAAAAAAAAAAAAUAACAAGUGCACAAUGGGAUAAUAUUCUCGGCAAGGCAAGGCUUCUCAUUUGCACAAAUUCUCCACAUUUGUUUGUGUGGCUACCGCACGAGUGCACAAUACUUGAAAUGCCAUAUGAUGGUUUCAAGUGCAAGGAGGCAAAAUGGAAUUGCGAUGGGAUGGCCCUGCUGUCUAAGAGUGAGGUACUGUUCCUUGCACGCAAGUCUGCCCGCAUGGCAAAGUACAUAAGAACUGUGAACAUAUGA